ACGGCGGCGUUAACGCGCCAGGCCCUUAGAUGGCAGUAAUGCCUCUCUGCAGGAACCUGUGAGGCAACAGCCACAGAAAGAAAUGACAAGCACGUCCAUGCCCGCCGUUUGAGACGUGCGUUUAGAACUGCGGACAGAAAUGGAGGUGAUGGAGAAACAGCACUUCAUCUUUCUAGAGCUGAGACAACGGCUGCAAAGCGGCCUCAUCGUUUUACGAAAUGAUGCUGUUGAAGACAGAGCUGAGAUAAAUGUGUCUAGUGGAGACUCAGCCCUUAAAAUUCGAGCACCUGAUGGGGAGUAUCAAGUGAAGCUGUUACCAGGGCUCGGUCUAGUGGAGGGGUCGUGUCAGAAGAGUGCUGAAGUGAAUGAUGAUGGGUUGCAUAUCAGACUGCGGUUGAAGGUGGACCAGUGUUCAGAGGCUUCAGACAGUGUGAUUGAGCGCUUGAGAGCGCAGGAGAAGUAUUGUAUUCUGUGCCAGUCCUGCGGGGCCAUGCUGUUUAAAGACAGAGUUUUCAGACGAGUUCUCCCCCUACCCAACGGGAACUGGAAUGCUUUAGUGGAUGAUUGGUGCUGCCAUCCUGAUCCUUUUGCAAACAGAAAGCUUCUCCCUAAAGAAGAGGACUGCUUACUUGGAGACACUUAUUUCCUCUUGACCUGGGAUAGUAGUUGCGACCAAAGCCUUGCACAGGAAGUGGACCUAUCCCAUGUAAACUCUGGCUCUAAUCAACAUUCGGGGAAGAAACCUGGCCACAGGAAUGUGGGGGUCUUCUGUAAGAAGUGCUCUGCAGUGUUGGGAGAGGCAGUCACGACAGAGGUGGUAAAAUUCUAUAUAACUCAGGUGGUGGUAACACAGAGCGAAGAUGGACAGAGCAUGAUUACACAGCCCAGACAGCGGUUCUUAGAAAGAGCCCUUGCUUCAAGACUUUUUGAGCUGUCAUCUGUUCAAAGCACAUUCCGCUUUUCCAUCCAGACCCCAGGUGGCAAAGCUAUGAUCAUGAUCUGGCUUCUGAACACGGAUACUCUGAUUGCUUCAUUCUCUGAGAAAGCCAGGAGCAGUGACAGUCCCAUAUCCAACAGCGACCGCCAUCUUGAUGAGCAUCAAUCAUGCCAGGCAGUUUGUGCAAGCAAAGUCCUUUACCUCCCCUGCACUCACAGCAAGCACCAGGAGGCUAUUGAUGCCUGGGAGAAGGAUAUAAGUGUUCACCCGCUGCCACUUCCUCAGAGCACGUGUGAAGAGGUACUGCAGCUCCUGACCGCCUGCAACAGCAGACUGCCCCCGUCACUGCGCUCUCUGAACUCCUAUCAGGUGGCCUAUUUGAGAAGAUGAAUUGCAAGUAGACGUGGUUCACAAUGAUCAGUAUCCAUUCAACAAAGAUCGCAAGACCUUUCUGAAAUAUAUAGUUAUUGUUUUUCCUAAAGUUAGUAUUAAAAAGAAGACUUUUAUAUCCAUUAUGUUUGUGUUGUAUUGUUGUAUCUUAUUACUGCUCUGUUUAAAGUCAUCCAGCGCAGUAAAGUUGGUAUGUUGCCAGAAUGUCA